AUGCUUGACGUCGUCAUCGUCGGAGCAGGCAUCGCCGGCCUUGCAGCCGGAAUCUCGCUUCGCCGCGCGGGCCACAAGGUGCACAUCUACGAGCGGUCUGCCAUGAACAACGAAGUUGGUGCUGCUAUCCACGUUCCCCCGAACGUGUCACGCUUCCUUGUUCGUUGGGGUCUCGACCCUGAGGGGGCCGGUUUUGUCAAAGCCGGGCCCAUCGAGUUCAAGGACCCUGCGACGCAAGAGACCACGAUGGCCAUGUCGCACGCUCAGAAUCACGAGCGUUACGGCGCAGAUCUGUGGUACGCUCACCGUGUCGAUCUACAUGAAGCCCUCAAAAGGAAAGCUACCGACCCUCUGGGACCGGGUAUUCCCGUGACGAUCCAUCUUAAGUCGUGGGCUGUGGGAUAUAACCCAGACUUGUCGGCGGUACAUCUUAACGAUGGCACAGAAGUCCGGGCUGACUUGGUUGUUGGCGCUGAUGGUGUCCACUCUCUCGCGAGUGAGACUGUUCUUGGCAGGAAGAAUCCUCCUAGUCCUGCCAGCCAUUAUAACUGCUGCUACCGGUUUUUGAUCCCCAAGGAAGUUCUUGAGGAAGACGAAGAGACCAAGUUUUUUAACGAGAACUCUGACAAUCUUAUUCGUCUCUAUCCCGACAAUGUGAAAAGCAGAAGACUUGUAUCUUACCCGUGCCGCAAGAAUACGAUCCAUAACUUUGUCGGACUAUUCUACGACGAGGACAUGAAAUCAGUCACCAAAGAAGACUACCAUGCCGAUUUCGAUAAAAAGCGCGCAUCAGAGCGGUUUGAAGGCUUCCACCCUGGUCUGCAGGCUGUUAUCAGCAAAGCUACUGAGAUAAAGAGAUGGCCAUUGCUGUACCGCGCCCCUUUACCGACAUGGAGAAAGGGCAAGCUCGUGCUUGCGGGUGACGCGGCACACCCUAUGCUACCGCACCAGGGACAAGGUGGUGCUAUGGGUAUCGAGGACGGAGCUGCGCUGGGCAUUGUAUUUGCCAACAUCACAGACUCUUCCCAAAUUGAAGAACGACUGGCACUGUAUGAAAAACUCCGCCGCAGCCGCGCCAGUGCUAUCCAAAUUCUGAGCAAUGUUGGACUGGACCAAUCACAUCUGGUGAAGAAUGAUCUUCUUGAGUUUCUUAAGGAAGAGGAUAUUCCUAGUAAGUCAAACCCAGGGAAGUCAGUGGGGGACCUGAAAAUGCAGCUAACCUUGAUGCAGAGGAUCAUCGCGAAAUCAUGUCUUUCACCAUGA